GAAGAUUUAGGUAACCUAUAAAUUUUAUUUUUUGAAAAUGGUAAAUUAACAAAAACAAUGCAAGAAAAUUUAACGGAGAAGGAUAUAAAUGAUGUUUUCAAUGAUAUUCUCUUUCUGGAAGAGAAGGUAAUCGACGAAGCCUACGAAGAAGGCUACAAAAUUGGCGCAGCUCAAGGCAACAAAGAAGGCUACCAUUUAGGCUAUCACCGAGGCGCCGAAAUAGGUUCAGAAGUGGGAUACUACUUGGGAGUAACCGAGAAAUACAUAGACAAUUACGCUAAUUUCGAAGAAAAGCCGGUGAAGAUAUUAAGAUCUUUGGAAAAUUUAAAGCAGUUGAUUUUGGAGUUUCCCCAAAUAAACUCUCCUGAAGCCGAUGUAGUCGUGCUAAAAGAAACCAUAGAAAGAUUGGUUAAUUAUCUGGAACCCUUGCUACCUUUAGCCAAUGUGCAUAUGGUCGAUUUUUUCACUAAAAAUGUAUACGAAACCUACCUUCCCGCAGAAAUCAAAAGCGACUUGAAGAAGUAUAAACACAGAGACGUUAUGGAUAAACUAUUUAACAACGAUUACAGCGAUUUACCUAAUUUGAAAUCUUACGUGACGAAGUCGCAGGAAUACACUUUAAAAAACUUGGAAGUUUGUCUUCAAACUGAUAGUUUAAUACAAAAAUUAUCAUCGAACUGUUCCGAACCGUCCAGAUUAAAACUAAACGUAUUCAUGAACUCGAAGAAGUCCCACGAAGUAGACAUACUCAGCUACGUUAUAGCCGUAUUAAAAAACAUUUCCGGAACCACUCAUUUAGUAGAUAUCGGCGAUGGAAAGGGUUAUUUAAGCUCCUUAUUAGCACUGCAUAACAAAAUACCGGUAUUAGGAGUCGAUGCAUCGGAAACUAACACCGACGGAUCGGUUAAAAGGAUUAAAAAACUAUCCAAAGUUUGGAAUAGCAUAACGAGCGAUGCAGCUAAAGAGUCUUCCCAACACUUGUAUAAACAAAUUACGAAAUAUGUGGACGAGAAUGUGGAUUUCCUUUCGCUCGUUUCCAAUACAUUCUUGGCAGAACCGGAGGGUUUGGGGCUGAUUGGGUUGCAUACUUGUGGCGAUUUGGCACCUACCUGCUUGAAACUGUUUCAUAAAAACGAGAGCAUUCGAACAAUAUGCAAUGUAGGCUGCUGUUAUCAUCUACUUAGCGAAAUUUACGAGGAGGAUACGAAAUCGGGGGAGUUCCCUAUGAGUAAUUACCUCAAAGAGAAGAACUUGAAGAUUGGCAGGGCGGCCAGAAUGAUCGCUGCGCAGUCCAUGGAAAGAAUUCUGGAGAAGAAGGAAGUUCCGAAUGUAACGCUGUUUUAUAGGGCGUUAUUAGAAAUUAUUUUGCAGAGAGAUUUUAUAGUGGGCGACAAAAAUAAGCAGGUAGGGAGAUUCAGAAAGAGGCCCGCUAAUUUCUCGGAGUACGUGGAGAAAGCUUUAAAAAGACUAAACUUGGAGCCAAUUACGAAAGACUGUGAGAUUUUAUCUUUGUUAAAGUUAUACGAAGAGAGAGAAUAUGAAGUUUAUAUUUUCUUUUUGCUGAGAAACAUGCUGUCUCCGAUUAUAGAAAGCUUAAUUUUAUUAGAUCGACUUUUAUAUCUACAAGAACUGGGUUUAACGAAUUCCUAUAUCGUGCAAUUUUUCGAUCCAGUCAUAUCGCCAAGAUGCUACGGACUGGUUGCAAUGAAAUAA